UUCAGUUGCGCUGGCUGAAUGAUGUGGCGUGUACGAGUGUUGCUUAUGUGAUAAUAAUCUGUGAUAAGGCAUUUUUUCGUCGGUUUUUAAACUAAUCACGCAAUAGUAUUAUCAGUACCAUGGACGUACCAAAGAUAGCAAAUUUAAGCGAGUUACUCAACCGGUAUCUGGGACAACACAAAACCAUAAUCGACCUUGAAACCACGAGACUGACAGCAAUCGGUGAAAAUUACGGCAGCCAAAUGCUCGCUUUAAAAAUCCACGUUAAGAACAAAGACCAAACCGAAAUUCUCGAAGUCGUGGCAAAACUCCCCCCACCGGGCGAAUUUAUUCGAAGAAUGUUCAACGUACCAGUAACUUUCCGCAACGAAGUUGAAUUCUAUGGAACGAUAAUUCCAGAAAUGGAAGCAUUUCUCCACGAAAGAGGACUCGACGGGUACUUAAACUGUUUCCCGAAACUAUUCGGUGCCAGAUUAUCCCUUCAAGGCAACGACGAAGUAGACGACGACGCCGUACUUGUCCUAGAAAAUUUAAAAGUACAAGGGUACGAAAUGCUUGACCGCACAAUCGGUUUUGAUUACGACUCUGCAAAAACCGCUAUCAAAGCCAUUGCCAAAUACCACGCAGUACCGCUGGGUUUGAAGCUCCUCAAGCCCGAAGCUUUCAAAAAGAUUAGGGCGCUUUUUCCACCUUACAAGGUUUUCGAAUUCAAUGAAACAACGUUCGACGAAAUAGUCGCCUUACAAAAGCAAACAGUCGAAGAUAUUGAGGGCUGUCAAGAAUACGGCCAAGCAGUCGCAGACGUGUUUAAGCUAACCGCCCGAAUUACCAAGAGUGAUCCAAAAUUGAUUCGAGAACCUUUUGCCACUCUUAUUCACACUGAUACCUGGGUGAACAACUUCAUGGUGAAGUAUCAGGAUGGUAAACCCGUUGGGUGCAAGCUCGUGGACUUUCAGUUGGGCGAAUAUGGAUCGCCUGCUCGUGACGUAAUUUUUUUUAUCUUCACCAGUAUUCAAACACCGGUUGUUGAGGAACAUUACGAUGAUUUGAUAGCACUGUAUCAUCAGACUUUGGUGGGUGACUUGGCGAAGUUUGGAUGUGAUCCUACACCUUUUUCGAUGGAUGAGUUGCAGAAAGAAAUUGAAUUGGCGGCUCGAGAGUAUGAAAUUGCUCACUGUAUAAUGAUGUUGCAACCCAUUUUUGCCACAAAGGAAAAUUUAAAGGAACUAGAUGAGUACAAGGAUGAAGAUAUGACCACAGCAACACCCAUUUCAGAUGAACAAAAAGAAAAAACAAAGUUUCUUGUACAUGAAUUUGCGAAAAGGAAUUAUACCAAGGCAUUUUAUAUGGCUACAUACGAAAUCAAAAAUUUAGAGCAAACCCUUGCUUCAUCUCUGCGUGGAUCCCACAUUGUGAGUACCCGUUUCUCCAAAUUAACUUCCGCGGGUGACAAUUACGUGGGACUUUUAUUGGCUGUGGAUGUCACUACUAGUGACGCGAAAAAUCAGGAGCAGCUCCCAUUGGUCGCCAAAUUGCUACCUCAAAAUGAAUUCCUCCAGGGGUUUUUCAACAUGCAACACACGUUUCGGAACGAGGUAGGCUUUUAUCAAACAAUAACACCUUGUUUGAGAGAUUUCCAAAAGGAACGAGGUCUCAACGAAGUGUUUAAUUCCACGCCCGACUUCUAUGGUGCGCGAUUUAGUCUAGACGCCUCUAGCACAAGAGUCGAUUCCGAUGCACUUCUAUUAAUUAAAAACCUAAAAGCUGAAGGUUUCACCAUUAUUGACCGAAAAGUAGGUUUCGAUCUGGACCAAAGUAGGUUGGUUUUGGACAAAAUAGCAGAAAUUCAUGCCACUAGUUUUGCUUUGAAAACCCUCAAACCAGAAAUAUUUGACGAAGAGAUUGGACCGUUUGUUCAAAAAUUUACAAUAUUUGAAGAAUUUAGUAGUCACGAAAAAGCUUUUUGCGAUUCCAUUCUCAACUUGUUAGUAAAUGAUGAAGUAUCCGUUAAAAACUGGGCGAAAAUCGAAAACGCCAUAAAAAAAGGUGUUGUCGCAAAUUGCAAAAGAAACCAAGGUGGUGAUAAUCGAUUUACAGGGUUAGUUCAUAGUGAUUUAUGGACCAACAACAUCAUGGUUAAAUUCGAGAAUGGUAAAAUGGUGGAUGUCAAGUUUGUUGACUUUCAGCUAUACGAAUACUCUUCUUUUGGACGCGAUGUCAUCUUCUUCCUCUUUACCAGUGUUCAGAUCCAAGUUUUAAAACAACACUGUGAUAAUCUCAUUGCUUUGUAUUACGACAGUUUUAUCAACUUUCUGGGAAAAUUGUCUUUUGAUACAUCCAGUUUUUCAUUUGAAGGAUUUUUAUCUGAGUUCAAUUCACUGUGUCAGGAAGUUGAAUUUUGCCACGUGCUGGUAAUGUUACGUGCGAUUUAUGCCAGUGACGAAAAUGCUGUAGAAGUUGAAGAAGUGACACCAAGCGAUUUCUUCAUCUGGCAAGAUUCUAAAGUUUGUUCCGCAAGGGCUUGCUUCAUUAUGGAGAUUCCUGAAAUUGAAAAUUUUGAAAAUCUUCUGUUUGACGUAAUUCCACAAAACAAAAAAAUCGUUCGAUGUGAAAAAUCACGCCUAUCUGCUCCUGGUGAAAACUUCGCUAGUCUAAUUCUGGGUAUCAAAGUCACUAUUCAAAAGAAAGAAAAUGAAGACCUAGAAGAAGAAACGAUUCACAGCGUCGCGAAACUCCUUCCUUCAAACAACUUUAUGAAGUCGUUUAUGAAUAUUUCACACACUGUACGGAAUGAGUUAGCUUUUUAUCAAACGAUUCUUCCAACCCUUAGAAAAUUCCAAGAACAACAAGGUUCGAACAAGUCGCUUCAAGCUUUCCCCAAGUUCCACGGAGGACGAUUGAGCUUGGAUCAAGCUAAUCACACCCUCGACAACAAUGCGGUUAUCCUUCUCGAAAACCUCAACGAAGACGGCUACUUCGUCAUGGAUAACUACGCAGGAUUCGAUCUCGAAGUCACCAAACUAAUUUUGUCAAAAAUGGCAGAACUUCAUAGCACUUUUCUCGCUUUGAAAGAAACCCAAAGGGAGGUUUUCGAGGAAAAGUUGAUGCCGUUUUUUGACCAGUUUAAAAUUUUUCAAUUGGAUGAAAACGAAGGGUAUAUGACAUCCGAAAUCGUCAUCAAUGCGAUUAUCAACACACUACAAGAAGACGAACUGUGUAGUCUAUACAUGAACAAAAUUCAACAAACACUUGAAACAUGUGUCCACAAUUUGGGCUUGCCGAAGAAUUCGCCGAAGUUUCAAGAAGACGUCUUCGCCAGUCUUAUUCAUUCCGACCUAUGGGUCAACAACAUCAUGGUCAAAACUUAUCUGAGUAAAAUCGUCGAUGUGAAGAUUCUAGAUUGGCAGCUAUACGAAUACGCUUCUGUAGUCAAAGAUAUUUUAUUUUUCUUGUGUUCAAGCACCCAGGAGGUCGUUUUCAAGAACAAUUUUGACGAUUUGUUCAAGUUUUACCACGAGGAAUUGAUUGCUAAUUUGAAAGAACUGAAAUGUGAUACUGACAAGUUCUCGUUUAACGCAUUCCAGGAAGAAAUGAAGGUGGUAGCUGGUGAGUCGGCUUUCUUCUAUUCCAUGAUGGCUUUGCCUUCGAUUUUUGCUAGUGACGGUAACGUCUGGGAUGUUCAUGAGUUGAGCAAAGAACGGUUGCUGGGUCAAGUACAACAAAUUUCUGAUUUUUGUAAAAACAGGAUGUGGUUAAUCGCGCGGAAGUUUAUUCAAAAAGGAUGGAUAUAAAGCCCGACAAGGAAGUACAGCCAUGUUUCGUCAAUGUAUUAUCAACUUGUGCAAAUGUAUUCGCAUACUUAUAUAUUAGAGUCGUACUGUUUAGCAAAACAUAGAUGUUGUAAAAUUUGAAUAAACUAUAAGCAUUA